GUAGGUGAAGAAAAAGCGGAUCUCUUGGAGUGGAUCAACAGAUCACAACGCUGCCCUGUUUCUUGAUUCGAUUUCGUUUCUGUGUUUAUAUAAGGGAUCCGAUCGCGCAUUGCGACUCUGCGAUAGGGCAGAGGAGGAGAGCGGAGAAGAGGAGGAGACCAUGAAGGUGAUCGACAAGAUUCGGGGAGCAGCUAACGGCGAUGGGAGGACCGUUUUCUCCUUCGAGUUCUUCCCCCCCAAGACGGAGGAGGGCGUGGAGAACCUCUUCGACCGCAUGGACCGUAUGGUCGCCCACAACCCCUCCUUCUGCGAUAUCACCUGGGGCGCUGGCGGAUCCACUGCCGACCUCACCCUCGACAUCUCCAACCGUAUGCAGAAUAUGAUCUGUGUAGAAACGAUGAUGCAUUUGACUUGUACCAAUAUGCCAGUGGAAAAGAUUGAUCAUGCUCUGGACACCAUCAAGUCCAAUGGAAUUCAAAAUGUUCUGGCACUCAGAGGGGAUCCUCCUCAUGGCCAGGAUAAGUUUGUUCAGGUGGCUGGUGGAUUUGCAUGUGCCCUUGAUCUGGUGCAACACAUUAGGGCUAAGUAUGGGGACUAUUUUGGCAUCACAGUUGCUGGUUACCCAGAGGCACAUCCUGAUAUGAUACAAGAUGGAAUUGCUACAGAAGAAGCUUAUAACAGUGAUCUUACUUAUUUAAAGAGAAAGGUGGAUGCUGGUGCUGACCUCAUUAUCACUCAACUAUUUUAUGACACUGAUAUAUUUCUGAAGUUUGUUAAUGAUUGUCGUCAAAUUGGAAUAACCUGCCCAAUUGUACCUGGCAUUAUGCCAAUCAACAAUUAUAAGGGCUUCUUGAGAAUGACUGGUUUUUGCAAAACUAAAAUUCCAGAUAAGAUCACAAAUGCUUUGGAACCUAUCAAGGACAAUGAAGAGGCAGUCAGAGCAUAUGGAAUUCACUUAGGGACUGAAAUGUGCAAGAAGAUUUUAGCUAAUGGAAUCAACACAUUGCAUCUCUACACACUAAACAUGGAAAAAUCUGCAUUAGCCAUUAUAAUGAAUCUUGGAUUAAUAGAAGAGUCUAAAGUUCUAAGGUCCUUACCUUGGAGACGUCCAACAAAUGUUUUUCGUGUCCAAGAAGACGUCCGACCUAUUUUUUGGGCAAAUCGUCCAAAAAGUUAUAUUUCAAGGACGAUUGGAUGGGACCAGUAUCCACAUGGGAGGUGGGGCGAUUCUAAUAACCCAUCGUAUGGAGCUUUGACUGAUUACCAGUUCAUGCGCCCACGCUCACGGGACAAGAAACUUCAGGAGGAAUGGGCAACUCCAUUAAAAUCUGUUGAUGAUAUCAGUGAGCAAUUUGUGAAACUUUGCUUGGGGAAACGUAGAAGUAGUCCUUGGUCAGAAUUAGAUGGUCUUCAACCGGAGACAAAGAUAAUAGAUGAGAAGCUUUCACAGGUUAACUCAAAAGGUUUUCUUACUAUCAACAGCCAACCUGCCAUUAACGGAGAGAAAUCUGACUCUCCUGCUGUUGGAUGGGGUGGACCCGGGGGCUAUGUUUAUCAAAAGGCAUAUCUGGAAUUCUUCUGUUCAAAGGAUAAACUGCAUUCAAUUGUUGAGAACUGCAAAGUCUUGCCUUCACUCACCUACAUCGCUGUGAACAAAGACGGCAAUCAUACCUCAAAUGUUGCUCCAAAUGCAGUCAAUGCAGUAACAUGGGGGGUUUUCCCUGGAAAAGAGAUCAUCCAACCUACAGUAGUCGACCCUAUGAGCUUCAUGAUUUGGAAGGAUGAAGCUUUUGAGAUCUGGUCACGUGGUUGGGCUCGCUUGUUCCCUGAGGGCGAUCCAUCAAGGGAAUUAUUAUUACAGGUGCAGAAGAGCUACUACUUGGUUAGCCUUGUGGACAACGACUUCAUUCAUGGUGAUAUCUUUGCGGCUUUCAAGGAUAUAUGAAGUCAAAUUCUUGGAUUAAAAGUAUUUCCGUAUUGCAAAACAGGGUUUUUCUGUAAUUCGGCACGUUGGUUAGGACUUAACACACCCUGAGAACUUCCGAUUGCAUUAGAAUUAUCCAAUCUAUGCAUUUGAUGUCUUCUAAUUUUCGGGAAUAACUGAGUAAUGGAAUUUGUUCCACAUGUGCUUUAUAAUUAUGUUAUUGGAUUUUUAUUUUAUAAA